GAAAUACAAAAUAUUCGACCCGCUGAGGUUUUCAGAUUUACGAUACACACACCAGCUGGCGACGUGGCAUUUACAAGCACACAAAGUAUUUAACUCGAGUUCGGUAACGUAAUCAUUAUUGUGAUAGUGACUCUAUAUUCUACCAUAUCUGCGAUACUUGAAAGGAAGUAUUGAAGAAAUUACAUCGGAGACUUAUUUUAUAAUGUGUCUGUUUAAGUUGUGACGGGGUAAAUCGAUUUCCAUCUAAUGUAAAUAUCUACGAAGGACGAUACGAACAUCAAAUACCACCGUGUCUGUGCACGAAAAAAGAAACAUCUUUAAAAUGACAAUGUCACCGUUUCUUCUUAUUGUUUUUACAACUUUCAACAUUUUUCUACGAAGUCAUGGGAAAAUAGGAUUUCCGAAAAGCAUGUCGAUGGAUCUUCAGUUCCCGCCGACUAUCAGCCGCCCAGUCGGUGGUAUUCCAAUCGGACAUCUCCGGCCACUAGGGUUUCAACGCAAUCCAUCUGGCAAGGUGAUGAAUACUUUGGAUAUGCCCCAUGCGCAUGCGUUCAAUAUAAAAUACAUCAAAUCAAACAAACCGGUGGCCAUCCGGGAAGCCAUGAAAAAUCAACAAAUUUUGAAGGAUUGGGAAAACGAUGAAUACUUAGAAAACAGAUACGGAAAUUUAAACGUCACUGUGACGGUCAAGAAGGAGAGACGAGCACAUGAAUAUACCUGGAUGACAAUGAAGCAAUUCCUUUUGGACUAUCUUUACGAGGACUGGUACCUAUCAACCAUACUUCCGCCGGAAAUGGCAAAGGAACUUCCGGUACCCGGAUGCUUGCGAUGCGGGACUUACCGGAAGAGGUUACAGGAAGCGGAGCUAUGGAUGAGUUCCGGCGGAACUGCCUCUAUGCUUCACAGUCAUGAAGAUCAUACUCUCCACUGCGUUUUAUUCGGACGGAAAGACUUUAUUGUCAUUGACGCAGAACAUCGUAAAAUUUUUAAUUAUAAAGAAAAGUACCACAAUGCAGGAGCGGGUUACUCGCCCAUGGACAUGGAUUUCAUCAAUAUGUUCCAAAAUUCCAAAAUCUCCAAGACGCCCUGGACUUACAGCACUCUUACACCGGGGGACUGCCUCUUCUUACCGGCAGGGUACAUGCACCAGGUUCGUUCGUAUGGUAGAGGGAUUUCCUACACUGUACUGUUUUCUCCGUCGUUCGAGUUCGAUUCAUCCGACUGCCGAGUACAAGUAGAGAAAAAGGGCGACAAACCAAGUAUUCCAUCUCUGGCUGAUGUCGACUUCGUCUGGACUGCACGAAACGGUGAAAGGGUGCUGAAUAUUGAUGCAAUGACGCCCUCAAUUCUAUCACACAUACUCGAUAUGCUGAUUAGGAACAAAGACAAACUCUACAUUGAACAAUUUGAACACUUCUACCUUGACGCACUUCAAAAGGCUUAUCAGUAUCCUCCUGCAAAGACGGCUUUUGAAAUCCUGACUGGAAGUGCAGAGAAAACCUUCCUAACCAGGACCUCAAUAAAGAACCUGAAACUGGAACAAUUACAGCAAAUGUGUCGGUUAUAUAACGACGCAUUUCUAGAGCCGACAUUACACAAGGAGGAAUUAUAGAAAGGGAAAGUUGUAGUUUUUUUUAUAAAUAAAAUCUGUAAUCUACC